AUGUUAUCAGUCUUCUGGCUCCUACUGAGCUCAGGUAAGAUUCACUCACACAGUUUUCCUCUUCUACAAUCACCUAUAACACAAUGGAUUAAAUAUCCAUAAAUAUGAAUUAAAUACAAACAUUAAAGACCAGUUUACCAGUCAGUGCUAUCAGGAAUUGUCUACAUGAAACAGGCAACAUUUAAAGAUGAUUGACAUGUUAAUGACAGUAGUUUCUACUCAUUGCUAUUAACUGUUUUCAAAUACAUUUUUAACUUGGUCUGAAAUGACCAGUCGUAUUGAAAGAACUUAUUCCAAUGUCUGAGUGUGUUGUUUUAUUAUAAUGCUAUUUGUUAUUUUAUAGCAAAUGUAUGACUUAAUGGAACCCUUCUGUGAGUUUCCUAUCCUGUAAAUCCAAUAAUAUGAUCUUAGGAAGUCCAUCUGUUUGAAUCUCAGGGUUUUAACCAACUCUGAAACUAGGGUUACAAAAUUCCGGUAACUUCCUCAGAAUUCCCAGGUUUUUCCAGAAAUCCCGACUGGAGGAUUCCCGGACUUCCAGCUUUUCCCUUCCUGAUUCCAGGAAUAUUCCAACUGGGAUUUCUGGAAAACCUGGGAAUUUUGUGAAAGUUACCAGAAUUCUGCAACCCUAUCUGUGAGACAGAUGAAUGAAGAAUAUCAUGCAAUUUCCUGUCACUUACAAAUAAAUGAAUGCAUGGAUGGUAAAAUAUUUUCAAUUUAAUGAUAAUAAUAUGUUUAUUCAUUAUGCUUCCUAAAGAUGUUUUUCAUUCUUAGUAGUGGAUUGUAGUUAAUUGUUGUGGAGACACAAUGUCUUAAAACAUAACACAUGGAAGAUUAUUCUGUCUUAAAAAAAUUACACAAUAAUCAUGUUGAGAACAGAUGAAUACCGUAAAUCAUCAGGUAGAUUUCUGUCAUAUGCAAGAUGGAUGGGGUAGGCAUUUUAUUUGAUAUAUCAAUAGGGUUAAACAUUCUGCUAACUUUCCCCAAAUUCCCAGGUUUCCAGAAAUCCCUGUUGGAAGAUUCCUGGAAAUAAGCAGGAAAAUCGGAAUGCUCCAACCAGGAUUUCUGGAAAACCUGGGAAUUUUUUGAAAUCCUAUAUAUCAAUGAGUUGAAUUUCAUAUGAUUGAUUUACUACUUGACUUCCAUUCAGCCCCUCUGGCUGAACUGGUAGCAGAUAAACCCAAGAGGUCUGCUCUGAACCAGCUCACCAGGACCCUCCUGCGUAAAUACGACUGUGGAGUAAGACCUGUUCAGAACUGGACCAGUCCCAUACUCAUCCACAUAGACCUCAUAAUGCAGUCUGUCUUUGAUGUCGUAAAGAAUCCAAUAUAGCCUUAUCUAAAUAAUUCAUUAUUUAAAUUAAAAUACAAUAUGAUUACCUGCCAUGUUUCUGGUAAUACAGUGGGGGAAAAAAGUAUUUAGUCAGCCACCAAUUGUGCAAGUUCUCCCACUUAAAAAGAUGAGAGAGGCCUGUAAUUUUCAUCAUAGGUACACGUCAACUAUGACAGACAAAAUGAGAAAAAAAAACAGAAAAUCACAUUGUAGGAUUUUAAAUGAAUUUAUUUGCAAAUUAUGGUGGAAAAUAAGUAUUUGGUCAAUAACAAAAGUUUCUCAAUACUUUGUUAUAUACCCUUUGUUGGCAAUGACACAGGUCAAACGUAUUCUGUAAGUCUUCACAAGGUUUUCACACACUGUUGCUGGUAUUUUGGCCCAUUACUCCAUGCAGAUCUCCUCUAGAGCAGUGAUUUUUUGGGGCUGUCGCUGGGCAACACAGACUUUCAACUCCCUCCAAAGAUUUUCUAUGGGGUUGAGAUCUGGAGACUGGCUAGGCCACUCUAGGACCUUAAAAUGUUUCUUACGAAGCCACUUCUUCGUUGCCCGGGCGGUGUGUACAGGUCUGUGAGAGCUAGAAAUCUUGCUUGUUUGUGGGUGACCAAAUACUUAUUUUCCACCAUAAUUUGCAAAUAAAUUCAUUAAAAAUCCUACAAUGUGGUUUUCUGGAUUUUUUUUCUCUCAAUUUGUCUGUCAUAGUUGACGUGUACCUAUGAUGAAAAUUACAGGCCUCUCUCAUCUUUUUAAGUGGGAGAACUUGCACAAUUGGUGGCUGACUAAAUACUUUUUUUCCCCACUGUAUGUAACACAGGAAAUGAAAAUAUUGUUGAUGUUUUUUUUUGGUAUUAAAUAUUAAUCUUGUAUCAGUAAAUACAUUUGGACCAUUUGUAGCUAGACAUUUCAAUAGUCUGCACAAAUAAUUUACACCCAAAAAUGUAAUACAAAAGUAAUACUCAAUAAUUUAUUUUUGCAGGAUGGAAAGACACAGCAAGUAACCACAAGCAUUUGGUACCGGCAGGUUGGUAUGAAUUGUGUUCUUCUAUUGGUAUUAGACAUACAUUUCAAAAUGUUCAUGCAAUGUAAAACCAUCACUGGCCCCAUCCACAAAUAGGAAUAUUUUAGAAUGUCAUUACUUUAAUUACCCCUUCAAGGAAUAAUCACUUCUACGCAUCAUAUUUAUAGUUUCAAUGGAGUGGUGGAGUGAGCCAUUGAAAAAAACAACAUGAAAAUAAAAUCAGGAUGAGGAGAAUCUCAUUAGGGUUGAUUUGUUCGGUGGGGCCAGCAGAUAUGAGUCUCCAGGCUCACUCUCCAUUCACUUUAAUGCAGUUGCAACACCCUUGUUGACUUCGCUCAUUUUCCCAUCCGCCGCUUGUCCUUGUGCCAUUGAUUGAGCGCCAGAGGGUACACCUAAAGUCAAACAUCAAAUGUUCAGUAUUUUGUUCAAAAACACUGAAAGACAAUGCCGUUGGUGUACUUAUACAAAUGCAAUGUUCUCUUCAGAUAUUAUGAGUGAAUAAUGCACAUUAUGUCUGCCUUAACAUGUGUACCACAUUUAUCUGUUGCUACGAAUCCUGUGCCUGUGUUCCAUGUCAGUUAUAUAAUAUAUAUAAAGCUUCUGCUUAGACAUGGUUUUCACAUGGUUGUUUUCCAUGUAUAGCAUGUCUGUCUGAAAGACAGGGAGCCUGCUUCAGCCAAUGCGUCUUCAGCCUUGUCUGGCAUGCAACAAUUGUGUUAUUGAAUGCCAAAACAGUCAGGCACCCAUAUGUCAUGUACUUCAUAUGAAUGGUCUUGUGAUGUAUUUCCUGUUUAUGAUGUCAGAUAUGGACUGAUGAGUUCCUGGUAUGGGACCCCGAGGAGUUUGACGGGAUCACUGAGAUCUCCCUGUCCUCUGACGCUAUAUGGGUGCCCGAUCUCAUCAUCAGUGAAUUGUAAGAAUUGACACUAUGUAUUCCUGUUCAAAUUACAUAACAUGUCAUCCGAUUACUCAAUACCCACAGACUCUUCUCAGAAAUGUUCAACAUUUGGCCUUUUAAUUUAAAAUGACGGACUGACAAGGAAGUGUGUUGACCAGGGUCAGAGUGUCUCAUGUUCGACAUACAGUACUGUAAGCAGCUGGAACUCUUGUCUUACCCAUAAGUCGUGUUCUUCCCCCUGUUAGUGUGGAUGUAGGGGAGUCCCCUGCCAUCCCCUAUGUGUAUGUCAACUCAUUGGGCAUGGUGAAAAACAACAAGCCUAUCCAGGUGGUGUCUGCGUGUGACUUGGAGUUGUACGCCUUCCCCUUCGACAAGCAGAACUGCACUCUGACCUUCCGCAGCUGGCUUCACUCAGGUUAGCAUAGAGAGCUGUAAACACGCUAACAUUAUUACCCAGUCAAAUGACUAUACAGUACAUCUGGAUAUGCACAGAUGGAUGACGUGUCUAAAACACACAAUUAGAAGUGCAAAAUAACAAUGGCAUACCAUUCCAUAGACAAAAUACAGUACCAGUCAAAGGUUUGGACACACCUACUCAUUCAAGGGUUGUUCUUAUUUUUAUAUUGUAGAAUAAUAGUGAAGACAUCAAAACUAUGAAAUAACACAUAUGGAAUCAUGUAGUAAACAAAAAAGUGCUACAUCAAAAUAUAUUUUUUAUUUUAGAUUCUUCAAAUAGCCACCCUUUGCCUUGAUGACAGCUUUGCACACUCUUGGCAUUCUCUCAACCAGCUUCAUGAGGAAUGCUUUUUCCAACAGUCUUAAAGGAGUUCCCACAUAUGCUGAGCACUUGUUGGCUGCUUUUUCUUCACUCUGCGGUCCAACUCAUCCCAAACCAUCUCAAUUGUGUUAAGGUCAGGUGAUCGGGGAGUACAGGUCAUCUGAUGCAGCACUCUAUCACUCUCCUUCUUGGUCAAAUAGCCCUUACACAGCCUGGAGGUGUUUUGGGUCAUUGUCCUGUUUAAAAACAAAUGAUAGUCUCACUAAGCCCAAACCAGAUGGGAUGGCGUAUCGCUGCACAAUGCUGUGGUAGCCAUGCUGGUUAAGUGUGCCUUCAAUUCUAAAUAAUUGUGGUCCUCUGUAGCUCAGUUGGUAGAGCAUGGUGCUUGUAAAGCCAGGGUAGUGAGUUCGAUCCCUGGGACCACCCAUACGUAAAAAUUUAUGCACACAUGACUGUAAGUCGCUUUGGAUAAAAGCGUCUGCUAAAUGGCAUAUUAUUAUUAUUAUUAUAAAUAAAUCACAGACAGUGUCACCACAAUGCACCCCCACACUAUAACACCUCCUCCUCCAUGCUUUACGGUGGGAACUACACAUGCAGAGAUAAUCCGUUCACCCACACCAUGUCUCACAAAGACACGGCGGUUUGAACCAAAAUCUCAAAUUUGGACUCCAGACCGAAGGACAAAUUUCCACCGGUCUAAUGUCCAUUGCUCGUGUUUCUUGGCCCAAGCAAGUUUCUUCUUCUUAUUGGUGUCCUUUAGUCGUGGUUCCUUUGCAGUAAUUUGACCAUGAAGGCCUGAUUCACAGUCGCUUCUGAACAGUUGAUGUUGAGAUGUGUCUGUUACUUGAACUCUGUGAACCAUUUAUUUGGGCUGCAAUUUCUGAGGCUGGUAACUCUAAUGAAUUUAUCCUCUGCAGCAGAGGUAACUCUGGGUCUUCCAUUCCUGUGGCGGUCCUCAUGAGAGCCAGUUUCACCAUAGCGCUUGAUGGUUUUUGCGACUGCACUUGAAGAAACCUUCAAAGUUCUUGACAUUUUCCAGAUUGACUGACCUUCAUGUCUUAAAGUAAUGAUGGACUGUCAUUUCUCUUUGCUUAUUUGAUCUGUUCUUGCCAUAAUAUGGACUUGGUCUUUUACCAAAUAGGGCUAUCUUCCCCCACACACACACACCUUGUCACAACACAACUGAUUGUCUCAAACGCAUUAAGAAGGAAAGAAAUUCCACAAAUUAACUUUUAACAAGGCUCACCUGUUAAUUGAAAUGCAUUCCAGGUGACUACCUCAUGAAGCUGGUUGAGAGAAUGCCAAGAGUGUGCAAUGCUGUCAUCAAGGCAAAGGGUGGCUAUUUGAAGAAUCUCAAAUAUAAAAUAUAUUUUGAUUUGUUUAACACUUUUUUGGUUACUACAUGAUUCCAUAUGCGUUAUUUCAUAGUUUUGAUGUCUUCACUGUUAUUCUACAAUGUAAAACUUUUUCAAAAUAAAGAAAAACCCUUGAAAGAGUAGGUGUGUCCAAACUUUUGACUGGUGGUGUAUAUUCAUAAGGCUAUGGCACAUACAGUAUUAAAUACACAAACACGUGCACAUAAAACCCAUACAAUUGGUAAUUUAAUAUAGUAUCAAAUCAAUAGCAGGUCAUAUUGACUGAGUGUCAUUAAGUCUUACUAAGCUCUCUCCCUGACCUCCACAAUCAUGUAUGCAGUGAGUGAGGUGAACCUGACUCUGUGGAGGAGUGUGGAGGAGAUCGCCAAUGAUCAGAAGUCGUUUAUGGACGAUGGCGAGUGGGAGCUCUGUGCCCUCCCGCUAUUGGCAGCUCCGCCUGGACGACAGAGACUAUGCCCACAUCCAGUUCAACGUGUGUGCCUACAGUUACCAGAUCUAGGUCUCUCUGUGUUUCCCUUCAGAUACCUGAUUUGAAGGAAAGUAUUUGAAGAAAUACAAAUAUGACCUAUACGUCUAGUGCCAUCUGUAUACACUUAUACAGCAAUACAUUUCCAGUCAGUCAGUAAAUAUGGAAUAUGUGAAUACAGUGGGGGAAAAAAGUAUUUAGUCAGCCACCAAUUGUGCAAGUUCUCCCACUUAAAAAGAUGAGAGAGGCCUGUAAUUGUCAUCAUAGGUACACGUCAACUAUGACAGACAAAAUGAGAAAAAAAAUCCAGAAAAUCAUAUUGUAGGAUUUUUAAUGAAUUUAUUUGCAAAUUAUGGUGGAAAAUAAGUAUUUGGUCAAUAACAAAAGUUUCUCAAUACUUUGUUAUAUACCCUUUGUUGGCAAUGACACAGGUCAAACGUUUUCUGUAAGUCUUCACAAGGUUUUCACACACUGUUGCUGGUAUUUUGGCCCAUUCCUCCAUGCUGAUCUCCUCUAGAGCAGUGAUGUUUUGGGGCUGUUGCUGGGCAACACGGAUUUUCAACUCCCUCCAAAGAUUUUCUAUGGGGUUGAGAUCUGGAGACUGGCUAGGCCACUCCAGGACCUUGAAAUGCUUCUUACGAAGCCACUCCUUCGUUGCCCGGGCGGUGUGUUUGGGAUCAUUGUCAUGCUGAAAGACCCAGCCACGGUUCAUCUUCAAUGCCCUUGCUGAUGGAAGGAGGUUUUCACUCAAAAUCUCACGAUACAUGGCCCCAUUCAUUCUUUCCUUUACACGGAUCAGUCGUCCUGGUCCCUUUGCAGAGAAACAGCCCCAAAGCAUGAUGUUUCCACCCCCAUGCUUCACAGUAGGUAUGGUGUUCUUUGGAUGCAACUCAGCAUUCUUUGUCCUCCAAACACGACGAGUUGAGUUUUUACCAAAAAGUUCUAUUUUGGUUUCAUCUGACCAUAUGACAUUCUCCCAAUCCUCUUCUGGAUCAUCCAAAUGCACUCUAGCAAACUUCAGACGGGCCUGGACAUGUACUGGCUUAAGCAGGGGGACACGUCUGGCACUGCAGGAUUUGAGUCCCUGGCGGCAUAGUGUGUUACUGAUGGUAGGCUUUGUUACUUUGGUCCCAGCUCUCUGCAGGUCAUUCACUAAGUCCCCCCGUGUGGUUCUGGGAUUUUUGCUCACCGUUCUUGUGAUCAUUUUGACCCCACGGUGUGAGAUCUUGCAUGGAGCCCCAGAUCGAGGGAGAUUAUCAGUGGUCUUGUAUGUCUUCCAUUUCCUAAUAAUUGCUCCCACAGUUGAUUUCUUCAAACCAAGUUGCUUACCUAUUGCAGAUUCAGUCUUCCCAGCCUGGUGCAGGUCUACAAUUUUGUUUCUGGUGUCCUUUGACAGCUCUUUGGUCUUGGCCAUAGUGGAGUUUGGAGUGUGACUGUUUGAGGUUGUGGACAGGUGUCUUUUAUACUGAUAACAAGUUCAAACAGGUGUCAUUAAUACAGGUAACGAGUGGAGGACAGAGGAGCCUCUUAAAGAAGAAGUUACAGGUCUGUGAGAGCCAGAAAUAUUGCUUGUUUGUAGGCGACCAAAUACUUAUUUUCCACCAUAAUUUGCAAAUAAAUUCAUAAAAAAUCCUACAAUGUGGUUUUCUGGAUUUUUUUUCUCUCAAUUUGUCUGUCAUAGUUGACGUGUACCUAUGAUGAAAAUUACAGGCCUCUCUCAUCUUUUUAAGUGGGAGAACUUGCACAAUUGGUGGCUGACUAAAUAUUUUUUUCCCCCACUCUAGGUGUGUUAGUGGGAUUUUCUAUAUGGUUUGAUGUCUAUCCAACAGGAAACAAAAAGAUACACACUUGUGACUGUACAAUGACAACUAAAUCAGAUUGAGAAUCGAUAGGAGGUUUUUAGCCAUCCCCUCCUCCUGGUCCUCCUGUUGUGAUGGUGUUAAAGAGAUCAGCCAGGGCUUCACGGACAGGAUUAAGUGCUAAUGCUAAUAGAUGAGGAUGAGGCGCGUCCAGCAUGCUGAGAGAGAGAGGCACCAUAAUGAGGCUGUCUCUGUGGCGGCUGAUCAAUGGCCGUCUUGUUCUGCCAGAGAAAUGGGCCCUGGGCCUGGUGCAGGUGGGGGAGAGACUGCCUGCAAGGAUAGUCUAGGCAGGGCUGCUGUUGUACAUUCAGCUCAGGAGGGCACUUAAUGAUGAAGUGUCGAUCCAGCAGGGCUCGUUGGGUUACCUUUACACUACGGCUCAUUGUGGAAGCGGGGAUUUAUGUGUUUUGGGGUACUGGAGGAGGACAGGAGGGUAAUACUGUGGAAUAGGGUUUUCUUGUGUUUCAGUUGAGAAAAGUACAGUUGAUAUCUAUAGCUAAAAUGGGGCAGAUUUAGGUUUAAGUUAGUGAGGGGAAAACAUAGUUUUUCUCAAUUUCUCACUUAUGGGGGAGUUCAAACACAUUCUCGACCAACGUGUGACAUGAAAUAGAAAAGUCAAACUCUCUCUCUCUCUCUUUUUCACUCCCUCUCACCCCCACUGGUCAGGUGUUGAUCCGCCGGCGCCCCCUGCUGUAUGUGGUGAGUCUGCUCAUCCCAAGCAUCUUCCUCAUGGUGGUGAACGUCAUCAGCUUCUACCUGCCGCCCAACAGUGGCACGCGCAUCACCUUCAAGACCAGUAUCCUCCUGGGCUACACUGUCUUUAGGGUCAACCUGAUGGAUGAGAUGCCUGCCACCGCCAUCAGAACACCACUCAUAGGUAUCCUACACCAGCUCGUCUCCUCAUCUUUGUUUUGAAUGUUCUGUCAUACUGUUUGACACACCAAGCUUGCCCUUCAUACCCAGCCAUGGCCAAUGCUUUGUGACAUGAAAUGUCUUGAGACAUAAAUGUAUUUCUGAUCUAAGACAUGUCCUUGAAAAAUUAAGAUUUGUCAUUUUCUAACGGGUGUAUUGUUGAUGUUUGGUGUUCUCCAUCUUAUAGGUGUGUUCUUUGCGGUGUGCAUGGCGCUGCUGGUGCUGAAUCUAGCCAUCUCCAUAUUUGUAGUGAAGCUCCUCCACCACAAUGAGAAGGAGGUCAAGGAGAUGUCAGUGUCCGCCUGCCUCCUCGAUAAGUACGGCUCGUCCAGUCAGACCUUCCUCGAGAGCAACUUCACUUCUGUCAAAACACUGGGCGAUGUGGAUCAGUGUGGGGGUGAGAGGGGACCUGUGUUGUUGGGGAUCUUUGUAUGGUCAUAGGACAUAAGAGUGUGACUAGGUAUUAGGACCAAACGCUUAGCAGGUGGUGGUUUUCCUAACUUUCCACAGAUUUAUUUACCUCAGAUUUCUUAUUCUCUUUGAUAUGUAAUGGCCAGCUCUGACAUGUUUACUAUCAUGUUGACCACACCUCUAUGUUCCUCUGUGUUAACAUCAAAUCGAUCAGAGAGAAAAUACACCGUUACAGUAUGUCUAGACAUAUACCUAUUCAAUCGACAGUUUGACUUUUAUUUAAUUUACUUGUUAAGAUUGCGAUGUAGCAACAGAAUAUCAUCUCUUUUGACAGUCAUGUGUCCAACCCCAUCAUCACCCCAUCAAAACCCCACUUACAUGUUGUCCCACCAGGCUAUGAGUUUGACCUGGCUCCAGAGGAACUGCUGUCCCUGAGCGAGCCCCAGGAGAGUGCUCCUCGGCUGGAGAGGCUUCUCCAGGAGGUGGUGGCCCUGAGGCUCUACCUGCAGGAGGGAGUGAGUGACGACUCAGCCCAGGCUGACUGGGUGGCCCUCUGCUGUAAGGUGGACCUCCUACUGUUCCGAGUCUACCUGCUAAUCCUGGUCGUCUACACCAGCACUCUGCUGCUACUGUGGGCCAGCUGGAGCUCUGCAUGAGGAGAGAAGGGGAAAAAAACUUUGUUCAAACACAUUUAUUUUGCUCUAAUAAAAUGUUAAAAGUAAAUUAAUGGUUGUUGAUGUGGUUGAGCCGAUACCCUUUGUCCCCCCUUCUUCUUUUGAUACUGUAGCAGCUCGAAGCUAUUGAAUCAAUACUGUAUUCUCAUGUACUAUCGGAAGAUUGCCCCCAUACAUAAAUACAGACUGAUGUAUUUGAUCCCCUGCUGAUUUUGUACGUUUGCCCACUGACAAAGAAAUGAUCAGUCAAUAAUUUUAAUGGUAGGUUUAUUUGAACAGUGCGAGACAGAAUAACAACAAAAAAAUCCAGAAAAACGCAUGUCAAAAAUGUUAUAAAUUGAUUUGCAUUUUAAUUAGGGAAAUAAGUAUUUGACCCCCUCUCAAUCAGAAAGAUUUCAGGCUCACAGGUGUCUUUUAUACAGGUAACGAGCUGAGAUUAGGAGCACACUCUUAAAGGGAGUGCUCCUAAUCUCAGCUUGUUACCUGUAUAAAAGACACCUGUCCACAGAAGCAAUCAAUCAAUCAGAUUCCAAACUCUCCACCAUGGCCAAGACCAAAGAGCUCUCCAAGGAUGUCAGGGACAAGAUUGUAGACCUACACAAGGCUGGAAUGGGCUACAAGACCAUCGCCAAGCAGCUGGGUGAGAAGGUGACAACACUUGGUGCGAUUAUUCGCAAAUGGAAGAAACACAAAAGAACUGUCAAUCUCCCUCGGCCUGAGGCUCCAUGCAAGAUCUCACCUCAUGGAGUUGCAAUGAUCAUGAGAACGGUGAGGAAUCAGCCAAGAACUACACGGGAGGAUCUUGUCAAUGAUCUCAAGGCAGCUGGGAACAUAGUCACCAAGAAAACAAUUGGUAACACACUACGCUGUGAAGUACUGAAAUCCUGCAGCGCCCGCAAGGUCCCCCUGCUCAAGAAAGCACACAUACAUGCCCGUCUGAAGUUUGCCAAUGAACAUCUGAAUGAUUCAGAGGAGGACUGGGUGAAAGUGUUGUGGUCAGAUGAGACCAAAAUGGAGCUCUUUGGCAUCAACUCAACUCGCCAUGUUUGGAGGAGGAGGAAUGUUGCCUAUGACCCCAAGAACACCAUCCCCACCAUCAAACAUGGAGGUGGAAACCUUAUGCUUUGGGGGGGGGUUUCUGCUAAAGGGACAGGACAACUUAACCGCAUCAAAGGGACGAUGGACGGGGCCAUGUACCGUCAAAUCUUGGGUGAGAACCUCCUUCCCUCAGCCAGGGCAUUAAAAAUGGGUCGUGGAUGGGUAUUCCAGCAUGACAAUGACCCAAAACACAUGGCCAAGGCAACAAAGGAGUGGCUCAAGAAGAAGCACAUUAAGGUCCUGGAGUGGCCUAGCCAGUCUCCAGACCUUAAUCCCAUAGAAAAUCUGUGGAGGGAGCUGAAGGUUCGAGUUGCCAAACGUCAGCCUCGAAACCUUAAUGACUGAUCUGCAAAGAGGAGUGGGACAAAAUCCCUCCUGAGAUGUGUACAAACCUGGUGGCCAACUACAAGAAACGUCUGACCUCUGUGAUUGCCAACAAGGGUUUUGCCACCAAGUACUAAGUCAUGUUUUGCAGAGGGGUCAAAUACUUAUUUCCCUCAUUAAAAUGCAAAUCAAUGUAUAACAUUUUUGACAUGCGUUUUUCUGCAUUCUUUUGUUGUUAUUCUGUCUCUCACUGUUCAAACAAACCUACCAUUAAAAUUAUAGACUGAUAAUUUCUUUGUCAGUGGGCAAACGUACAAAAUCAGCAGGGGAUCAAAUACCUUUUUCCCUCACUGUAUCUUGCUUAUGUUCUCCGGACACAUUUCGUUACAUCAACGUGAUGCUAUUCUACAUGAACUUAAAUCACCAUGCUCCGCUGAAACUUGUACCAAAUAAAUAUAGCACAUUCAAAGCCUAGCUUCGGCAACUGCAUUCCCUAUUGGCUCACUGAUAGUCAUAAAAAAGAUACAUGAGCUACUCAUAAAAACCCCUGGCAGGGAACGAUCUAUGUAAAUGGAAUUUUCACUUGAACAGCAGACAUUUGCUUUGAGCAGAUCACAUUACAACCCAUUGUAUGGCCACCUCCUUGAGUUGAGGAAAUAAAUUAAUGCUGGUAAUUGUUUGCUGUAAUGUUAUGUUGUACAUUCAUAUCUGUGUUGUAACUUCUUAGUCCCCUUCAUAUCAAACAAGUCCUGUUGCUAGCCUACAUAUAAAUAAAGCUUUUCAACUGUGGCACUUAGUUUGACUGUGUAUCUUGUUUUUAGCUAGUGUUGUGCACGGAUAUACAGUUGAAGUCGGAAGUUUACAUACACUUAGGUUGGAGUCAUUACAACUCGUUUUUCAACCACUCCACAAAUGUCUUGUUAACAAACUAUAGUUUUGGCAAGUCGGUUAGGACAUCUACUUUGUGCAUGACACAAGUAAUUCUUCCAACAAUUGUUUACAGACAGAUUAUUUCACUUAUAAUUCACUGUAUCACAAUUCCAGUGGGUCAGAAGUUUACAUACACUAAGUUGACUGUGCCUUUAAACAGAUGGUAAAAUUCCAGUAAAUGAUGUCAUUGCUUUAUAAUCUUCUGGUAGGCUAAUUUACAUAAUUUGAGUCAAUUGGAGGUGUACCUGUGGAUGUAUUUCAAGGCCUACCUUCAAACUCAGUGCCUCUUUGCUUGACAUCAUGGGAAAAUCAAAAGAAAUCAGCCAAGACCUCAGAAAAUAAUUUGUAGACCUCCACAAGUCUGGUUCAUCCUUGGGAGCAAUUUCCAAACGCCUGAAGGUACCACGUUCAUCUGUACAAACAAUAGUAUGCAAGUAUAAACACCAUGGGACCACGUAGCCGUCAUACCGCUCAGGAAGCUUCUGUCUCCUAGCAAUGAACGUACUUUGGUGCGAAAAGUGCAAAUCAAUCCCAGAACAACAGCAAAGGACCUUGUGAAGAUGCUGGAGGAAACAGGUGCAAAAGUAUCUAUAUCCACAGUAAAAUGAGUCCUAUAUCGACAUAACCUGAAAGGCCGCUCAGCAAGGAAGAAGCCACUGCUCCAAAACCGCCAUAAAAAAGCCAGACUACGGUUUGCAACUGCACAUGGGGACAAAGAUUGUACUUUUUGGAGAAAUGUCCUCUGGUCUGAUGAAACAAAAAUAGAACUGUUUGGCCAUAAUGACCAUCGUUAUGUUUGGAGGAAAAAGGGUGGAGCUUGCAAGCCGAAGAACUCCAUCCCAACCGUGAAGCAUGGGGGUGGCAGCAUCAUGCUGUGGGGGUGCUUUUCUGCAAGAGGGACUGGUGCACUUCACAAAAUGGAUGGCAUCAUGAGGAAGGAAAAUUAUGUGGAUAUAUUGAAGCAACAUCUCAAGACAUCAGUCAGGAAGUUAAAGCUUGGUCGCAAAUGGGUCUUCCAAAUGGACAAUGACCCCAAGCAUACUUCCAAAGUUGUGGCAAAAUGGCUUAAGGACAACAAAGUCAAGGUAUUGGAGUUGCCAUCACAAAGACCUGACUUCAAUCCUAUAGAAAAUGUGUGGGCAGAACUGAAAAAGCAUGUGCGAGCAAGGAGACCUACAAACCUGAUUCAGUUACACCAGCUCUGUCAGGAGGAAUGGGCCAAAAUUCACCCAACUUAUUGUGGGAAGCUUGUGGAAAGCUACCCGAUACGUUUGACCCAAGGUAAACAAUUUAAAGGCAACGCUACCAAAUACUAAUUGAGUGUAUGUAAACUUCUGACCCACUGGGAAUGUGAUGAAAGAAAUAAAAGCUGAAAUAAAUAAUUCUCUCUACUAUUAUUCUGACAUUUCACAUUCUUAAAAGAAAGUGGUGAUCCAAACUGACCUAAGACAGGGAAUUUUUACUAGAAUUAAAUGUCAGGAAUUGUGAAGAACUGAGUUUAAAUGUAUUUGGCUAAGGUGUAUGUAAAUUUCCGACUUCAACUGUAGAUGCUCUGCAGGUCAGGGAGAGAGCUUAGUAAGACUUAAUGACACUCAGUCAAUAUGACCUGCUAUGGAUUUGAUACUAUAUUAAAUUACCAACUGUAUAGGUUUUAUGUGCACGUGUUUGUGUAUUUAAUACUGUAUGUGCCAUAGCCUUAUGAAUAUACACCACCAGUCAAAAGUUUGGACACACCUACUCAUUCAAGGGUUUUUCUUUAUAUUUAGUAUUUUCUACAUUGUAGAAUAAUAGUGAAGACAUCUAAAUUAUGAAAUAACACAUAUGGAAUCAUGUAGUAACCAAAAAAGUGUUAAACAAAUCUAAAUAUAUUUUAUAUUUGAGAUUCUUCAAAGUUGCCACCCUUUGCCUUGAUGACAGCUUUGCACACUCUUAGCAUUCUCUCAACCAGCUUCAUGAGGUAGUCACCUGGAAUGCAUUUCAAUUAACAGGUGUGCCUUCUUAAAAGUUAAUUUAUGGAAUUUAUUUCCUUCUUAAUGCGUUUGAGCCUAUCAGUUGUGUUGUGACAAGGUAGGCGGGGUAUACAGAAGAUAACCCUAUUUGGUAAAAGACCAAGUCCCUAUUAUGGCAAGAACAGCUCAAAUAAGCAAAGAGAAACGACAGUCCAUCAUUACUUUAAGACAUGAAGGUCAGCCAAUCCGGAAAAUGUCAAGAACUUUGAAGGUUUCUUCAAGUGCAGUCGCAAAAACCAUGAAGCACUAUGAUGAAACUGGCUCUCAUGAGGACCGCCACAGAGUUACCUCUGCUGCAGAGGAUAAGUUCAUUAGAGUAACUGCACCUCAGAAAUUGCAGCCCAAAUAAAUGCUUCACAGAGUUCAAGUAACAGACACAUCUCAACAUCAACUGUUCAGAGGAGACUGUGUGAAUCAGGCCUUCAUGGUCGAAUUGCUGCAAAGAAACCACUACUAAAGGACACCAAUAAGAAGAAGAGACUUGCUUGGGCCAAGAAACGAGCAAUUGACAUUAGACCGGUAGAAAUCUGUCCUUUGGUCUGAUGUGUCCAAAUUUGAGAUUUUUGGUUCCAACCGCCGUGUCUUUGUGAGACGCAAAGUAGGUGAACAGAUGAUCUCCACAUGUGUGGUUCCCACUGUGAAGCAUGGAGGAGGAGGUGUGAUGGUGUGGGGGUCAUUUGCUGGUGACACUGUCUGUGAUUUAUUAAGAAUUCAAGGCACACUUAACCAGCAUGGCUACCACUGCAUUCUGCAGCGAUACACCAUCCCAUCUGGUUUGCGCUUCGUGGGACUAUCAUUUUUGUUUUUCAAUAGGACAAUGACCCAAAACACACCUCCAGGCUGUGUAAAGGCAUAGUUUUGAUGUCUUCACUAUUAUUCUACAAUGUAGAAAAUAGUGAAAAUAAAGAUAAACCCUUGAAUGAGUAGGUGUCCAAACUUUUGACUGGUACUUUAUGUUAAAGGUCCAGCCAGUACAAUGAGUAAUGACUGAGUUGCUCUUAGUAGCAGCCUAUACCCUGUAUGCUACAUAUUUUCAAGUGUUUUUGUGUGCUAUUAAUGGACAUGAUUUUUCAAUACAGUUUUAUCUCUUUAGUUCCCCAAAACAUGAAAUGUUUAAUUGUUGAUAUAUGCAGUAGGCAUGUUUUUUAGCCAAAGAUGGUGCAUGUGUUUUUGCAGCAGUGUGUCUCAUAUAUCCAUGUAACAUAAACUGUACCAGCAGGAUCCUAUCACAUAAUAAAAGUCAUUGAUUCAAUUUCGUUGUAGAUUGCAGUACAUAUUCCCCCAACAUAAGCAGUUUAAGACAUCAAUGAACAAAAUGAUGUCUAAGAUCAGUAUCAAAUGUCAGUUUGAUCUUAUUAGUGAGAUAAGAGAAAAUCGACUUGCACUUAAACUCCCGUAUGAAAACCAUGCUACCACACAGUAGGCUUAUAAAAUACAUUGAGGAUUCAGUUGGAGGAAAAAUUUUGAUAUGCCACACGAAACUUGAUCCAUGCACAGACAUCUGUUAGGCUACACGGUCAGAUACUGUAAACGUGUAUAGACAUGAGUGCUCCGAGUUAUCUGCUCAGGACUUGUGAUGACAUAAGGUAACCUCAGCUGCUUCCAAAUCCCCAUCAUCAAAUCCCCGAUGGACACACCCUCAUGUUCAUAGUUACAUCAGCUGGCUAAGCCAGCCUCAUGCAGAAUGAAAACGAAUUUAACUAAUGCAUGAUACCGUAGACAUUAGACUACAGUGGACACUCCUGAAUAUGGGUCUCGGCGGCGUCAGUUAACCGCUGCAUCUCAAAGCUGAGCGCUGCUCGUUAUUGCCAAGCUCAAGGCAGAGAAGUGUAACAUUGUGCAGAAUGAGAGGUUCAGCACUCUGGACAGCGCUUGUCUUGCUCCUGAUACAAGGCACCGCGCCAGCCUGCGGAGGUAAAAAGAUGCACAUGCAAAAUUAAAUCCACAUAGGCUGUGGGGUUAUUGAAAGAGGUUGUCUGUUUUGGAAGUUGCCAUUUUAUAUAAUGCCAGAUUUACACAAUAAUUAUUGUAUAACCCUCAAUGUGUUGCAUUUAGUGGAUAACAUACGUGGACAUGUUGAAACGAUGUGUUUUACCUCCCUUAGUCAAGAAACUGGGCAAUAAUACCGGACGCUUUGCCAAUGCCACCUUAGUACGUCUCUCCGAGUACUUGAGUGCUGGGUACAAGAAGGGGGUUCGACCCGUGCGCAACUGGCGAAAUUGUACAAUGGUGGCCAUCGACCUUAUGGUGUACUCUAUCCUCAGUGUGGUAAGUAGGCCUACUAGUAGAAAUCCUGCACUUAUUAGAAUAGUAGUUCAGUAUACUGAGAUAGUGUGUAGCCUAUGUUGAUCUUCACUAUUUGCCCUAUGUGUUACAACAGGACGAGAAGAACCAGGUUCUGACAACAUAUGUAUGGUACAGGCAGGUAAGACAAAUAACUAUUUGCAAUAAAUAGCUAAAUAACUUUUUAAACAACGAAUUGAUUUUGUUGAAAAAAUGUUUUCAAGAAAUUAAAACAUACAUAAAAGUUGUAAAAACUACAGUAGAACCCUGUCUAUGUCUCACCUUUGGACAUUUAUCAAACGUAUCUUAUCAGAGGAUCUUACAGUUGCUAUUUAGCGAUACUUAUUAUUAAUUAAUUAAUUAAUUAUUAAUACUAGACAUGCUUACUGCGCGUAUGCUAUAACUCUGUAUCAGGAAUGGACAGAUGAAUUCUUGGUAUGGAACCCAGAGGACUUUGAUGAUGUGAAUCAAAUGUCCAUACUGACUGCCAAUGUGUGGGUGCCUGACAUACUAAUCAACGAGUUGUAAGUACUGUGUUUUGUGAACGUUAUUGUCGGUGUAGACCAACGCAUUUUAGGCCAUGCAGUCAAAUCUGUCAAAUUCUGCAUAAAAGUGUAUCAUUUAUCUUUGAUUAAGCACUACUAAAGUACAGUAAAGUGUGUGUGUGUAAUAUGCUGAAAUAUUAGUUGUCCAGAUCAGCCACAAACAUAUUUAUUGCAUCUUUUUGCUUUGGUUUGAGUUGUGUUUCCUCCUGUAAUCGCUCAGUGUGGAUGUGGGAAAGUCUCCGGAUAUUCCCUAUGUGUACGUGACCCAUUAUGGACUGGUGCGCAACUACAAGCCCAUCCAGGUGGUGACAGCCUGCACUCUCAACAUCUACAACUUCCCCUUUGACGUCCAGAACUGCAGCCUGACCUUCCAGAGCUGGCUCCAUACCCGUAAGACAUGUCUUAUUUAGUCAUUUGGCUAUGCAUGUGGGAAAAAGCUUUUCAGCUGCACAUACUGUAGGCUACAGCACCAGGUAAGAAUGCCUUUUUUUCUUUUUUGUAAGGGAGGUGUGGUGGAUAAGCUAAGUGUCAGUCACUCGGUCUUAGUCCUCAACAUUAAUGUAUUAUAUGCUAUCAGUGCCAGAUGCUACAUAACAUUUUCACUCUGCAAAACAAAACAAAAUCAAAUGUUCCUAGUGCCAGCUGUGGCAGAGGACUGCUGAUAUGCUCAUUUACAGAAUUUACAUUGAUCUGAACCCACUGACCUCUGUCUCCUCCAUGUCCAUGUCUGUAGUUAAUGACAUCGACCUCAAGCUGAUGAGAAGCGCAGAGGAACUCAAAGUGGACAAGAGUGUCUUCAUGAACCAGGGGGAGUGGGAGCUGCUACACGUCCUGUCCAAAUACAAACGCUUCAGUCUGGACAACAUUGACUCCUAUGCCGAGAUGAAGUUCAAUGUGAGUAUACAUAACAUAAUAAUUCAUUACCUUUUAUUUAUGUAUUCAUUACAGGUUUUGGAAAUAUAUUAUUUGGCAAUGAUUGACCUGGUCAAGUAGAAGAAUGGUUAGGGUUGCAAAAUUCUGGUUGCAAACAACUUUCCCAAAAUUCCCAGGUUUUCCAGAAGUCCUGGUUGGAGGAUUCUCAGAUUUCCAGCUUAUUCCCUCCUGAUUCCAGGAAUCUUCCAACCAGGAUUUCUGGAAAACCGAGGAAUUUUGGGUAAGUUUUGCAACCCUAUGCAUGAUGAUGAGGUAAAUGGCAAUAGUUAAAAUAGUACAAUAAAGGGAUGGGAAAGAUCUCCACAAUUGAGUAAGUGCCUACACAUGUUAAAAUGAUAUGCAGUAUAUAAUAUUUUCAAUUACUGUAUACAAUCAUGUUCAAUUCAAUCAUAAAAAAAAAACUCAACACCCCUGUGCAUGUACAUAAUACCUUAGCGCAAUUAAUUUAUUCAAAACCAACUGAACCUGACAGAAAAGCAAGACAUUUAGUAAGAAUAGAUAAAAUAUAGAAAUAUAUGAAGAUAAUAGACCCUUUGUCAUGGGCCUCUCACUCCACCGGGUUACCACCUUAAUUUUCUUCCACUCUGCUCACCACUCUCUCUACUCAGCCUAACUAGCUCCACCUGUCCCUGCUCUGCUCUGCUCUAAUUACUCUGCCAGCUGCGCUGCAUUACCCACUACCUCUCCCAGUAUUUAAGGCCCUGUCUUUCAGCUCUCCGGUGUCAGAUCGUCUGCAAAGCUCACACCCGGAACCUGUUUGCUCGCGCUUCUGGCUCACCCUGGUUUUGUGACCCCGGACCUGCCUGUUUUUUGGAUACUCUUCUGCCUCAGGAGAUCCAGACCUGCUUCAGCCUUUACGACUCCUGACUACUCUUCAAUCCCGGUAACUCUGACCAGCCUUCUGCCUUGCUACUACGUAUUUUGGAUUUCCCUUGAACUGUACUGCUGCCUGGUUUCAUUCCGCCCUGUUGUGUCUGUGUCUCCCCCCCCCCAGGACUUCUGGACCACCCACCACCGGCUUCAUAGGACGCAUCGCUGCCACUGGGGGGGGCACAGACCCAGCGCAUUGGACGGGAUCCCUGUUACCCCUGGAGCCUUCAUUCACUCCCUACUUCCCUUUUCCCCUUAAGUUUAAUAAACUUUCUGGUGUGACGCAAUUGUGGUCCUCUGGUCGUCUGUCUGAACCGUGACAGUACGAUCUGACCAUUAUGGACUCAGCGCACACUUUCCCCGACAUGGAAACCGAUGAGCAUGAGCAGCAGUUCCAGCAGCAGCAACAACAACUCGCCAUGAUCAUUCAACUCCUCACCAACCUUACCCCAGCCAGUCUGCCCACCAGCCCAGCCCCCGAGUUACCUGCCCCGGUCAUUGCAGCCGCUGCUCCGGAACCCAAGAUUGGAAACCCCGAGCGGUUCAACGGCGAUUCAACCCAGGUCCGGCCAUUCCUGACUAGCUGCCGACUUCAGUUCUCCUUGCAGCCAAGGACCUUCGCCACGGAGGGGGCUAAAGUUGGGUAUGCCAUCACUCACCUGACGGGCCGAGCUCGACUCUGGGGAACAGCAGAGUUCGAACGUCAAACCCCCGCAUGUGCAACCUUCGACCUGUUUGCUGAGGAGAUGCUGAAGGUGUUUGACCUGGAUUCACCCACUGCAGAGGCGUCUCGUGAACUGUUCAGUAUUCGACAAGGCAGACGUACAGUCGCAGACCAUUCCAUCGACUUCCGAACCCUGGCUAGACGAAGUUCUUGGAACACACCAUCGUUGGUGGACGCGUUCUUCCAUAGUUUGGCUGACUAUAUCAAGGACGAGUUGGUCUCCCAUGAACUGCCUUCCACUCUUGAUGAAGCCAUCGCACUGACUGUCAGGAUCGACAGAAGGAUACAGACCCGUCGUCGUGAGAGGGGGCGCCAAGGUCCACCUACUACCGGCAUUCGGAGAGAUCCGACUGGGCUCCUGUCAUCUACUGCCACUCACCCAGGUCAGCUUGAUCAGUCUGAGCCUAUGGAGAUUGGGCGAGCCUCCCUCACUCCUGCAGAGCGCCAGCGCCGCUUCACCUCAAACCUCUGCCUCUAUUGUGGAGGUGAUGGACAUCGUGUGGUAACCUGCCCUUUAAAGGGCCGAAGCUCACCGGGCAUAGGGGGAGUCCGGUUGAGUUCAAUGACCAUCCAGUCCUCCGACCGCAAACCCCUGCUGCAAGUUCACCUCCGCCUCUCUGACUCAACUCACACCCUGGCUGCUCUGGUGGAUUCUGGCGCCGAAGCCAACAUAAUGGACAUCAAGCUGGCACGCCAACUGGGACUGGAGAACCUCCGUUUGACACCUCCUAUUCCUGCCCGGGCACUGGACGGACACUUACUCGGAUCGGUCACUCAUGUCACGGCCCCGGUCUCGAUGGGUCUGUCCGGAAACCAUCAAGAAACUAUCCAGUUUCACCUGCUCCCCUCUCCAGGCCAACCCCUCAUCCUGGGUUACCCAUGGCUCCGCCGGCACAACCCUCAGCUCGACUGGGUGACCGGGGUGAUCAGGGAGUGGGGAGAGGACUGCCACCGAACCUGCCUGCUUGCUGCCGCACUACCCCCUCGGCCAGUACCUACUAACUCCGCUCCUGACCUCUCCAAUGUCCCAGAAUGCUACCAUGGUCUCAGAGAGGUGUUUAACAAAGCAAGAGCCACAUCUCUGCCCCCUCACCGACCGUACGACUGUGCCAUCGACCUCCUCCCUGGAACAGCUCCUCCAAAGGGUCGUCUUUAUUCGUUGUCUGCUCCUGAAAGAAAGUCCAUGGAGGACUACAUCAAUGGCUCUCUGUCCGCAGGAUUAAUCCGUUCAUCUUCAUCUCCUGCUGGUGCUGGCUUCUUCUUUGUGGGGAAGAAGGACGGAUCUCUUCGCCCCUGCAUCGACUACAGGGGACUCAACGACAUCACAGUGAAAAACCGUUACCCUCUGCCUCUGCUCACCUCUGCUUUUGAGUUGCUCCAGGGAGCCACUGUUUUUACCAAGUUGGAUCUCAGAAACGCUUACCACCUAGUGCGGAUCCGGGAGGGAGAUGAAUGGAAAACCGCAUUCAAUACACCAACAGGCCACUACGAGUAUCUGGUUAUGCCUUUUGGCCUCACCAAUGCUCCUGCUGUGUUCCAGGCUCUAGUGAAUGAUGUACUGCGGGACAUGUUAAACAAGUUUGUCUUCGUUUACCUGGAUGACAUCUUAAUCUACUCCAGAAACCUGUCUGAACACACCCGCCAUGUCCAGCAAGUCCUUCAUCGUCUUCUGGAGAAUUCCCUCUACGCCAAGGCAGAGAAAUGUGAGUUUCACGUCAAGACAGUGGCCUUCCUGGGGUACAUAGUGGCAGAGGGAAGUAUCCAAAUGGAUCCUGCCAAAGUAUCAGCAGUCACUUCAUGGCCAGUUCCGGAGAACAGAAAGAAGCUGCAACAGUUUCUGGGGUUUGCUAACUUCUAUAGGAAGUUUAUCCGGAACUACAGUACCGUUGCUGCCCCUCUCACUGCUCUAACCAGCACCAAGCAACCCUUCACCUGGACCCCAGCAGCCGACAAAGCCUUCAGUACCCUCAAGGUGAGGUUCACCUCCGCUCCCAUCCUCCAGAUGCCUGAUGUGGACCGGCAAUUCAUUGUGGAGGUGGACGCCUCGGAUGUGGGAGUUGGUGCUGUGAUUUCUCAGUGGGCUGCGGAGGAUAGGAAGCUCCAUCCCUGUGCCUUUUUCUCACGUCGGUUGUCCCCCUCUGAGUGCAAUUACGACAUAGGGAACCGUGAGCUGCUGGCUGUGAAGCUUGCCUUGGAGGAGUGGCGUCACUGGCUGGAGGGGUCCACCAUUCCAUUUCUCGUUUGGACCGAUCAUAAGAACUUGGAGUACAUCCGCACGGCCAAACGGUUGAACUCCAGGCAGUCCCGCUGGGCCCUGUUCUUCACCAGGUUUAAUUUCACUCUGUCAUACCGGCCUGGAUCACGCAACACCAAGCCAGACGCCCUCUCCCGUCAAUUCCAGAAGGAUGACACCCCCUCCAAGGACCCUGUGUCGAUUCUGCCAAGUCCCUGCAUCGUUGCAGCUCUGACCUGGGCUGUUGAGGAACAGGUGCUGGAGGCUCUCCGUAACCAGCCAGGUCCCAGCACUUGCCCAGCUGACCGCCUUUUUGUCCCCGAAGACCUGAGGUCCCAGGUCGUUCAGUGGGGACAUGACUCCCGCCUAGCUUGUCACCCUGGCUCCACCCGCACUUACAACCUGCUCGCCCAGAGGUUCUGGUGGCCCUCUCUGAGGAAGGAUGUACGGGAAUUCGUCCAAGCCUGCCCCAUCUGCAACCAACACAAGUCGUCCUGCCAGCCCCCAGCCGGAUUGCUGCAGCCCCUGCCUGUGCCCAGACGUCCCUGGUCUCACAUCGCCCUUGACUUUGUCACGGGGCUGCCCCCUUCAAGUGGCAUGACCGUCAUUCUCACCAUCGUUGACCGUUUCAGCAAGAUGGCACACUUCAUUCCCCUCCCCAAGCUCCCAACCGCCAAGGAGACCGCCCAGGUGGUCCUGGAACACGUCUUCCGGAUCCACGGACUGCCAAAGGAUGUAGUUUCUGACCGUGGUCCACAAUUCUCCUCCGCUUUUUGGAAGGAGUUCUGUCACCUGCUGGGAGCCACAGUCAGUCUGACUUCCGGAUUCCAUCCCCAAUCCAAUGGGCAGUCAGAGCGGGCUAAUCAGGAGCUCGAGAAGGCACUGCGAUGCAUGACUUCACGCAACCCCCACUCCUGGUCGCAGCAAUUGACAUGGGUGGAGUACGCACACAAUUCUCUGACCUGCUCUGCCAUCGGUAUGUCCCCUUUCCAAUGUGUUUAUGGAUACCAGCCUCCUCUAUUUGCCAGCCAGGAAGAGGAGGUUACUUGCCCAUCUGCACUUGCUUUUGCCCGUCGAUGUCGCCGCACCUGGUCACAAGCCCGAGCCACACUCCUCAGAUCCGUUGCCAGCUACACUACCGGGGCCAACCGUCGGAGAAUUCCUGCUCCCACCUACCAUGUUGGUCAAAGGGUGUGGUUGUCAUCGAAGAACCUGCCACUCAGGGUGGAGUCGCAGAAGCUGGCACCUCGGUUCAUUGGCCCAUUCCCUAUCAUAAGAGUGAUUAGCCCAACUGCUGUCCGGCUCCAACUGCCUAAUUCCCUGAGGGUGCACCCCACUUUCCAUGUGUCUAAGAUUAAGCCCAUCCAUGAGAGUCCGCUGGUCCCUGCUGCGCCUGGUCCUCCUCCUCCACGGCUCGUCGAUGGUGGUCUGGUUUACACCGUCCGCCGCCUGCUUCGGUCCAGACGGAGGGGUAGGGGUCUCCAGUACCUCAUUGACUGGGAGGGCUAUGGACCUGAGGAGAGGACCUGGGUGCCAGCUAGUCGGAUUGUGGAUAGGACUCUCAUCACCGCUUUCCACCAACGGCAUCCUGAUCAACCUGCAAUCCGUAGGGGCCGCCCCAGAGGGGUCCCUAACCGUCCGGCCCGCUCGGCUUCCUGUCCUGUGCCUGAUCCUGUCUCGGGACCUGUCCCAUCUCCCGACCACGGCCCUCCGGCUUCCUCCGAGGAGGAGGACGUUCACUCGGACCGUUCGGAGGAGUUCUAGCCCUCCUCCGGCUCCCCUCCUCCCGCCCGGCGUGGUGUUGCUCUUGGGACUUCUGGGGCCGUCCCUUGGGGGGGGGGUUCUGUCAUGGGCCUCUCACUCCACCGGGUUACCACCUUAAUUUUCUUCCACUCUGCUCACCACUCUCUCUACUCAGCCUAACUAGCUCCACCUGUCCCUGCUCUGCUCUGCUCUAAUUACUCUGCCAGCUGCGCUGCAUUACCCACUACCUCUCCCAGUAUUUAAGGCCCUGUCUUUCAGCUCUCCGGUGUCAGAUCGUCUGCAAAGCUCACACCCGGAACCUGUUUGCUCGCGCUUCUGGCUCACCCUGGUUUUGUGACCCCGGACCUGCCUGUUUUUUGGAUACUCUUCUGCCUCAGGAGAUCCAGACCUGCUUCUGCCUUUACGACUCCUGACUACUCUUCAAUCCCGGUAACUCUGACCAGCCUUCUGCCUUGCUACUACGUAUUUUGGAUUUCCCUUGAACUGUACUGCUGCCUGGUUUCAUUCCGCCCUGUUGUGUCUGUGUCUCCCCCCCCCCAGGACUUCUGGACCACCCACCACCGGCUUCAUAGGACGCAUCGCUGCCACUGGGGGGGGCACAGACCCAGCGCAUUGGACGGGAUCCCUGUUACCCCUGGAGCCUUCAUUCACUCCCUACUUCCCUUUUCCCCUUAAGUUUAAUAAACUUUCUGGUGUGACGCAAUUGUGGUCCUCUGGUCGUCUGUCUGAACCGUGACACCCUUACCUUGACCUCUACCGCAAGAGGCUUUAUUAGAAACAUAAGAUCUUCAGCUGUAUUAAAUAUGCAUUGAGAAUGGCCGUUUUUCUUAUGCGCUAUCCAAAGAAAGCAGGCUUGCUUUAUGGAAAAUUAACAAAAGGAUAUGAGUGAGGAUCUAUAGGUCAAAGUGUGAUAGAGAGUGCACUCCCACCCCACCUCCCUUUCAGGGUCAUUGAUAGAAUCUGUUGAUAUAUUGUUCUGUCCACGAUCAAAACGUUGUUCUGCCAGAUAUCUGUAACUAGAUAUGGAAAUGCAUACUACUUCUUGUUAAUUACUGCUCUAUUCCCAAUGAUUUGUUUAUUUGUUUAUUAGGAUCCCCAUUAGCUUUUGCAGAAGCAGCAGCUACUCUUCCUGGGGGCCACACACACAAAAAACAUGACAAGUAACAAAACACUGAUACACUGAUAGACAAGGACAGUCACACACAUUUAAAAUACAACUAUAUACAAACAAUACAACAACAACAAAAAAUGAUAUGUGUGAUCGAGUGUCUGUGUGUGCGCGUCCUCUCACAGUCCCCACCGUUCCAUGAGUUGUUGUUUAAUCAGUUUUUUAAAGUCAAUUUAGCUGUUUUCUUGAGUAAAUGGAGAUGGAAAGGAGUUCCAAUGUGAUCAUGGCUCUGUAUAAAACUGUGCCUUGUUGUGAAUUCGUUUUGAACUUGGGGACUGUGAAGAGACCCCUGAUGGCAUGUCUUGUGGGGUAUGUAUGGGUGUCUGAGCUGAAUGUUAUUUGAUUAUGCAGACAAUCUGGAAUUUUCAUCACAGUAAUACUUCUCAUAAAAACAAGAAGAGAAGCAAUGAAUCUCUCGUCAACCCUAUGAAUGUCAUCAGGUGGUGAUCCGACGCAGACCUCUGUUCUACACUGUGAACCUGUUGCUGCCCAGCAUCUUCCUGAUGGUGAUGGACCUGGUGGGCUUCUACCUCCCCCCGGACAGCGGAGAGAGGGUGUCCUUCAAGAUCACCCUGCUCCUGGGCUACUCCGUCUUCCUCAUCAUCGUCUCCGACACGCUGCCCGCCACCGCCAUCGGCACGCCGCUCAUAGGUGAGAAAUGCAGCUGGUGCAUUAGUGGCUCAGAUUUAUUAGAUGUGUCUGUCAUUAAGGAUGGGAUUGUGAGCUCUAUUGCAGUUAAGAAUAGGUUGAGGUAGUGGUGAAUAACUAUUGUUUGUUGGGGCCCUGGUCAAAAGUAGUGCACUACAUAGGGAAUAGGGUGCCAUUUGGGACGUAGCCGUUGUCUUCUAAGGGUAUACCUUGUAGUGUGCAGAGGUAAUAUCAAUCCAUCCCUCUCUCUCUAGGUGUAUACUUUGUAGUGUGCAUGGCUCUGUUGGUGAUCAGCCUGACAGAGACAGUGUUGAUAGUGCGUCUGGUGCAUAAGCAGGACCUGCAGCCCCACGUGCCCCAGUGGCUCAAACACUUGGUGCUGGAGCGGGCCACGGUCCUCCUCUGCAUCCGCAACAAGCACAGCCUGUGCUCCAUGCUGUCCCAGGACUCCGACCACCUGGGCCAUUACAAAGAGAACAACAUCAGCCCGGGUAAUGUAUCUACAGGAGGGUUGGGUAGGAAGAAGAGUAUGAGAUAAGGAGAAAAAAGGGAAGGGAGAGGGAAAAGGUGAGCUUUAAGAGGGAAGAAAUGACAUGGGCAGUAGUUAUAGUAUAAAAUGUUCUCUCUCAGCAGUAUUCAUUGAUUUAAAAAAUACAGCAGCACUCUAUCAUAGAGUGAGAGAGAAAAGGAUACAAAUAGAUACAUUUAAAGGUUUGUUUUCUCUCUUUGGAAAUAAUCAAUGUCUGUCUUUUUGGGCCAAUAAAUAAAUGUUGCAUCCACAAGCACAACACAAUAUUGGAUACUCAAAAUACAAGUAAAUCAUGUUAUAUGACCCCACUCCACCCACUCUCUCUCUCUGUGUGACCCCUUGCAGCUCUAUGUAACCACCACCUUCACCACACCUGCGAGAUCGGCCGUGGCGGCGCAGACAGUGUGGAGCAGGGUCUGGGGGGCCUGGUGGUCCUGCCCGUGGUGCGCGACACCACGCAGCCUGUCAUGGACAACAUCUUGCAUGAGAUCUCGUCCAUCCGCGGCUUCCUGGAGAAGAGGGACGAGUGCCGGGACAUUGCCAAGGAGUGGCUGCAGGUGGGCUACGUGCUGGACGUGCUGCUCUUCAGGGUCUACUUGGUGGCCAUGCUGGCCUACAGCAUCACCCUGGGGGCCCUCUGGUCUGUGUGGCAGUAUGCAUGAGCGCCUCACAGUGGAGGAGGGCCUAACGGUAGACAUGGAGGGCCGUACUGUGGAGCAGGGCCUGACGGUGGAGGUGGAGGGCCUUACUGUGGAGGAGGGCCUGACGGUGGAGGUGGGGACAUAG